CUCUUUCCGUCUCUUUAGGGAUUGGCCGUGUCCCGCAAACCCUCCGAAUCAACAUAAGAAAAACUCGUCCGAAAAUGGUUUGAUUCUCCGGCGAAAGUCUCCGUCGACCUAUCGUCUCCGUCACUCGUCACGCGGAUCCGGGCUUCUCUGUCAUGGAAGAUACUCAGUCGGUUGUCACACUCAUAGACUCUACAACCUCAAAGAUACAACAACUUCAGAAAGCGUUUGCUGAGCUUGAAAGUCACCGAGCCGUUACGCUUAACCUGAAAUGGAAACAGCUUGAAGAACAUUUUCAUGGGCUUGAGAAGUCCUUGAAAAGGCGUUUUAAUGAAUUGGAAGACCAAGAAAAAGAAUAUGAGACCAAAACAGUUAAAGCAAAAGAGUUGUUGGAAAAGCGUGAAGCUGCAGUUGUGGCCAAGGAACAAGCUUCAUUGGAGAGGCUCCAAGAGACUAGAGAUGCUGCACUCUUUGCAAUUGUUAAUGGUGUGGAGAAGCAUUCAAAGGCAUCUUCUGUCGAAUCUGCUGCUGAUAGCCAGGACCAAUUUGGGGAAUCUGUCGUGGAAGAGAAACCAGCUGAUGCCGUGGCUACUGAAAGUGUCUUAGAAGACAUGAAAAAGCCUUCUGAAAAUUACAACGUGGAGGUGAGGUUAUAUCCUCAGCUAGUCAAAUUAUGCCAGGAGAUGGAUUCAGAAGGUGUCCACAAAUUCAUAUCAGACAAUCGUAAGAAUCUUGCUGCUCUAAGGGAGGAAAUUCCCACUGCAUUAAGGGCAGCAGUUGACCCUGCUUGUCUGGUUUUGGACUCACUCAAGGAUUUCUACAACUCAGAACUGUCGAAUGUGGAUGGGAAAAAGGAUUCAAAUCUCUUAGGUCUACGCCGAACCUGCAUUAUGUUGAUGGAGUGUCUCGGCCUUUUAUUAACUGACCCAGAUCUGGAUUUUGCUUCUGGCAUGGUCUCUGAAAAUGUUAAGGAACGAGCAAAGGCUAUUGCCGAAGAGUGGAAACCAAGAUUGGCUGAACUUGACGUGGAUGCCAGCAGUGGAAACUCCUUGGAGGCUCAUGCAUUCUUGCAACUUCUUGCUACUUUUGGUGUCAAUUCUAAUUUUGACCAGGAAGAUUUAUCCAAGCUAAUACCUAUGGUUUCACGUCGUCGGCAAACAGCUGAUCUUUGUCGCUCCCUUGGAUUGACAGAUAAAAUGCCAGGUGUAAUUGAUGUGUUGGUGAAUAAUGGGAGGCAGAUUGAUGCUGUUAAUUUAGCUUUUGCAUUUGAGCUUACAGAGCAGUUUACCCCCGUCUCAUUACUGAAAUGCUACUUGGCAGAGGCAAAGAAAGUGUCUUCACCUGUUAAACCUGGCAAUACAUCUCCUAGUGUACAGAUUGAAGUCAAUGAAAGGGAGCUGAUUGCACUUAAGGCUGUGAUCAAAUGCAUCGAAGACCACAAGCUUGAGGAACAUUAUCCCUUGGACCCGCUCCAAAAACAGGUUCUCCAGCUUGAGAAGGCGAAGGCAGACAAGAAAAGGGCAACAGAAGUUGCAAAACCUCAACCCAAAAGACCCCGAGCUAAUGGUGUAGGAUAUGGACCCAGAGUCACUAAUGUAGCCACUGACAAGAACUUCUAUGCCAGAAUUACUGAUAGUAGGUAUCCUCAGUACAUGUACGACAGGCCUUAUGCUUACCUCAGACCAUCUGACAACCAUGUUCCUUCAUUUGUGGGUGCGGCGACUUACAACCUAUCUCCUGCUCAUGGCAACUACUUUGGCAAUGGCUACCAGUACCAGGCCCCUUAUAUGCACUAAUUAGUAGGAUGGUGGAGCUUUGAUUAUGAUCCUGUUAACUUUUAGUGUUAACCUUUGAGUUUGUUGGACGUUGGGCUGUAUGAUCAAAUUUAAUACUUAAAAAAAAACAACGGAAAAAACUUAGCCUUGUUGAUUCCUCAUCUGUUGUAAAAGUUGAUAUUGUGAUCCUUUAAUAGCGCACUGUUUUUCAUAUUUAUUGCAUCAACUUAUCUCUGUUUAGGUUGUAUUCUCCCUUGGCUAUUCUUCCAUGGUUUCAAAUUGCGGCAUGUCUAUUGAUGUAUUUGUACCAGGAAAAUGUUGAAUAUCUG